UUAUUCUUCAAACAUAACCAAUAACCAUCACACUUCUGUAAGAGAAAAAAAUGGGGAAAAGUGGAAACUCAUUGUUGACGAAACUCGUCGUGUUCCUAAGUUUAGCAGUGGUAGCUCUUGGAAAUACCAACAGUGGUUUACGUGCCUUUUAUCUGGUGCAACAGUGGUUAGGAUCUUACUGUGAUCAGAGAGGCACAAGAUGUUGCUACCCGCCCACAGGAAAGCCUAGACCAGAUUUUACGAUUUAUGGGUUUUGGCCUUAUUACAAUGAUGGUAGUUUCCCUUACAAUUGUGGCGAUGACAACUACGAUGUUGCUCGGCUCAAGCCCUUGGAGAGCAGGCUAAGACAGGCAUGGCCAUCUUUCACAUGCCCACAAAUAGGAAGGAAGUUUUGGGUGCAUGAAUGGAACAAACAUGGAACUUGCUCAAAAUCAUCCCUAGGUGAAAUCCCUUAUUUUCAGGCUGCUCUAAACCUCAAGAGCAGGGCAAACGUCCUCCAUGCUCUAGCAAGCGCCGGAAUCAGGCCAAACAACCAGUUCUAUUCUCUCAAAUCGAUCAAGAGGGCGAUCACUCGAUCCAUUGGAUUUCAUCCAUGGAUUGAAUGUAACCACAAUAGUCAAGGUAAAAGCCAGCUUUGGCAAGUCACAUUGUGUGCGGAUAGAAAUGGGAGGAAGCUCAUCAAUUGCCCUUAUAUUCCAAAAGGACGUGGUAGUUGUGCCUCCAAAAUUAAGUUCCCUUCUUUUUAGUAAUAUCUAGUACGUACUAUAGUAGCAAGUGUGGCCAUUUUUAGUGCUCCAUAUAUGCUUGUUUAUUUUUAAGUGCUUACUCUUGUUGCUCUCUUUUUUAACGAAGCAACAACUAUCAUGUGUAUUAGCGUCGUCCUAAAUUGUAUCAAAUCAAAUAGCAACCCGGUUUUGUAACAUAAUUCAAUCCGUGGUGGCCGUAUAUGUAACACCGUACGUACUUGAUAUAGAUUGAAGAGUUUUUCUUUUUGCUA